AUGGCUCCAAAUUUGCUAAUUGGUGACAUUCAACAGGCAUUCCUUCAAGUCGGAUUGAAACCAGAGGACAGAGAUGCCUUUCGAUUUGUAUUUGAAUUGAUAGACGGAACGGAAGAGCGAUUCAGAUUUACCAGAAUACCCUUUGGCGCAGAAGCGAGCCCCUUUCUUCUCGGAGCCACCUUGCAACACCAUUAUGAUAACCAACCACAGGAGAACCAUACUGAUACUCUGUUGAUACUUACGGAGAACACGUAUGUAGAUAACUUAAUGAAGACUGGGGACAGUGUCGAAGAGUUGAAGGAAUUUAAGCACGAAGCUACAACCAUCAUGGAGGAGGGGAAGUUUCCUGUUCAUAAGUGGGAGUCAAAUGUUCAUUCGCUAGAGAGUGCGGACAUGCCCGAUCCUGGAAAGAUACUGGGUUUGACAUGGCAUAAACAAGAUGACGUAUUAGAGAUCCAAGUUCCUGAACGAGAUAACGGACAGCGAAUUGCAAAGAAAUCUAUUUUGAGUCAUUUGGCUGGUAUUUACGAUCCGCUCGGAAUUAUAUCCCCAACAGUUGUGGAAGGUAAACACAUUUAUCGCGAAGCAUGUGAUGAAAAUCAAAACUGGGAUUCAGAAGUGCCUGCGGUGCUAGCCAAGGAUUGGUUAAAAUGGACUAGACAACUUCGCAACGUACGAAUACCGAGGAGCGUGAUUCGAGAAUGCAGGAAAGUGAAGGCUGUUCACUUACAUCUCUUUGCUGACGCGAGCAAUUUGGCUUGCUCUGCAAUGACCAUUGCUAUUGUCGAACACGAUACGGGAACAGUGAAAGGGUUUCUAACAUCAAAAUCUCGAAUCUGUAAGCGUAACACAUCCAUCGCACGCUUGGAGCUAGUAAGUGGUCAGAUGGCAGCAAAUUUAGCGAGGAAUCUUGUCAAUGCUCUGAAGAGACUGCCCGUCAGAUCAGUUACCAUCUGGAUGGACAGCCUGGUCGCUCUCUACUGGAUUUCAAGCCCCGGAAAAUCAUGGAAGGUGUUUGUUGCAAACAGGGUGAAAAAGAUCGUGGAAAUAACGGAGGAAAUCGGGAUUCAAUGGAAGUAUGUGCCGUCAGAGAAGAAUGUUGCCGACGCGGGAAGCCGAGGAGCUACGCUCAAACCCUUUCAAACCAUGGGUGUCGAUUUCGCAAGCCCUUUCAAACCAUGGGUGUCGAUUUCGCCGGCCCGCUGGUUUACAAAGUCAACAAGAAUAAAGAAGGCAAAGCAUCUAUUCUGAUUUUCACCUGUUCAGUCACGCGAGCUGUUCAUUUGGAAGUUACGAAGUCACAGACCGCGGAAGAAUUCCAAGACAAGUUAAACGCCUUCAUAUGUCGGAAGACGAGACCACAACGCAUCAUAUCGGACAACGCAGCAGUCUUUAAAGCUACAGCCCAGUGGAUAAAAAAGAUCCGGAAAAGCGAAGCACUACAAGAUUUCUUGGCGAAACAAAGAAUAACAUGGCAGUUCAAUUUAGCAAAAUCCCCUUGGUGGGGAGGGAUGUACAAAAGGCUAAUAAAGGAAGUGAAGAAGACGUUGUAUAAGACACUAGGCAAGACCCAUCUUACGUUAGAUCAACUUAUCGCAGUGGUAAUGGACAUUGAACGCCAUUUAAACAACCGCCCACUAGCCUACAUCGAAAGUGACAGAGGGGAGCCUCAAGUCCUGACACCCAACACCAUUUUAUGGGGCGACGAUUCACAUAUUUUGGAAGACCGAGAACAACACGAAAGUGAAGAGACGUCUCAACGCUGCCAGACAACACGCGUGGAACCGUUGGCACAAAGAAUACAUACACAGCCUUAUGGAAUCUCAUCGCAUAGUCAAAGGUGACGGACAACUGCCGAAAGUCGGGGAGAUCGUAUUAGUACUCGGGGAAGAAAAGAACUGUGGGCUUUGGAAGAAAGGCAAAGUAUUGCGACUUAUAUUGGGAAAGGACGGAGUUGUGCGAGGAGUUGUACUUCGGCAUAAGGGCCACGAGAUUGAGCGACCUAUUCAAUUAGUUUGCCCUCUAGAGAUACGUAGCAGCGAAGUAGAAGAGCCGAAAGCACCAACGCCAGAAGUUGAGGAGAAACAGGAGAGACCACCAAGGCGUGCAGCAGAGAAGGCAAAGGAAAGAGUUCGACACUGGCUCGCUGAUGAGGACUGA